CCCCUGGGCUGUCUUUCAUCAUUUGCGUUUCCUCAACAGGCUCAACCUGUUGAUAAUACAUGAUACAUCAGUAUUCAGGUUGUUUUCUAGAUCCAUGCACUCACAUAAGCGUUUGAUAUGAGCUUGCUCGCAUUUUUCGCCCGCCUGUACACGCUUGAGACGUUGGACACGAGGUUCGUAGUUCCGUCCACCAACCCCCCUAACACAGAUGCUCGCCUCCAGCCUCAACCGUCUGGUUCGAGGCAGAAAGCCAAGUCGCGAUUCCACGAUGAGGCACAGCCGUCAAAAUGGAAGAGUACUGAAUUCUACUUCUACUAUUUUAUCGUCUCCACGGCGGUACUGUUGAUGUUUUGGUCGGUGAUCGAUGUAUCAAGAGAAUCGCAUCCGAGUUUCUCAAGAUAUGCCCCACUCCUUUCUAAAGGCUGGAUUCCCGGGCGUCGAGUGGACAACUCCGAUGGACAGUUCUCUUCCUUCAGGGACAAUCUUCCAUACUUAUUUCUUGUUGCGAUUCUUCAUCCUCUCCUAAGAAAAGUCUAUGAAUUGUUUUGGCGGUUGGAUUCCUAUACUGCACCACCGCCCAACGUCAAUCGUUCCCAUUCCCAGCUUUCCCAGGGAUUGAGCGCACAGGCGGCUGCUGAUACUCGAUUGGCAUACCGCGCUCGAUUUGAUUUCGCUUUCGCAAUUGCCUUCAUAGCUGCAUUGCACGGCGUCUCUGCGAUCAAGGUCUUGAUUAUUCUGUACAUCAAUUAUGAGUUAGGGAAGAAUCUCCCCCGGAAGUACAUACCCGCAGCAACAUGGAUUUUUAACAUCGUUAUUUUGUUUGCGAACGAGUUCGGGAGAGGCUAUCCUCUCGCCAACGUGGCAGCCUUCAUAUUUCCCCAUAAGGGCGCAGGAAUGGUCGAUAAAGGUGUUCCCGUGGAAAAUUGGGGCGUGUUGCUCGACCGAUACCAGGGAUUGAUACCUAGAUGGGAGGUUCUUUUCAAGAUCACCGUUCUUCGUCUCAUUUCAUUCAAUAUGGACUAUUAUUGGAGCCUUAAUCAACGGGGUGGCAGUCCGAUUGAGAAGAAACAGCUCGACCCCUCUAGUCUCUCUGAACGAGAUCGCGUGAGCAUUCCAGCCAAGCCCAUGGACUUCAACUUUCGCAACUACCUGGCAUAUACUCUCUACUCUCCCCUUUACCUCGCCGGUCCCAUUCUCACAUUCAAUGAUUAUGUAUCCCAGCUGCGCUACCGAGCAGCUAGUGUAACGCGAGAACGAACCGUGCUCUACGCAAUAAGAUUCUUUGCUGCACUUCUGGCCAUGGAACUCUUCAUACAUUUCAUAUACGCCGUCGCCAUAUUCAAGGCCAAACCAGACUGGAGCGUAUAUAGUCCAUUCCAGUUAAGCAUGCUUGGCUUCUUCAACCUUCACCACAUCUGGCUGAAGUUGUUACUACCUUGGCGGUUUUUCCGCCUGUGGGGCCUGCUGGAUGGAAUCGAUGCACCCGAGAAUAUGGUCCGUUGCAUGAGCAACAACUACUCUGCCCUUGCCUUUUGGAGAGGGUGGCAUCGCAGCUACAAUCGGUGGAUUGUUAGAUACAUCUACAUUCCCCUCGGCGGCAGUCUCACAACAGGAGUGUGGGGAAAACUCCAUGCAGCAGCCAACUUCUUGAUGGUCUUCAUGUUCGUUGCCAUCUGGCACGAUAUCCAACUCCGGUUGCUGCAAUGGGGUUGGCUCGUCUCCUUCUUCGUGAUGCCAGAGGUUCUUGCCAGUAAACUGUUUCCAAAACAUCAAUGGCAGUCGAGGCCAAAUGCCUACCGAAUAAUCUGCGGCAUCGGGGCCGUCGGGAACAUUAUAAUGAUGAUGGUGGCGAACCUCGUCGGUUUUGCCAUUGGCUUGGAUGGAAUCAAAAGUCUUGUACACGGCAUCGUUGGCAGUUGGUCGGGCCUUCUCUACGUUGCAGCAGCAUCAGGGACACUCUUUGUUGGGGCUCAGAUCAUGUUCGAGCUCAGGGAAGAGGAGCUAAGACAUAGAAUCAAGAUGAAAUGCUGAUGUAAGGUUCAUUCAGUUUAUGAAGACAAUAUCUGAAUGUUGCGGGCGAAAAAUGGCUAUCUAUGCAAUUCCGGUCAUGUAUUCCUGUUUGGCUGCUUAUCAUGGCUGCGCAUACAGUAAGACAAUCUCUCCUAGAAUGUCCCUUCGAUGACCGUCUAGAGUUCGAUCUCCUCUCCUAGACUUACUAUCGCACUUAGAUAUGUAUUACUCUAAUCUCGGUGCCAUUGGCACAGUCAGCUUACAAUAUUCGGGAAGUAGGACAUGAAAGAACACGCAUCAUGAGUUUGUUUCUGUUGAGUCUUUGUUCCUUCAUUGUUCAAUAACUUCCACUUCAACACACGUUGC